AUGGAGGUGAAGGUCACCAACCAGGAGUUCUCCGAGGAACUACAGAACCACACCUCGGCGCGCUACAAGGCGUUUGAGGCCAACUUCAAGAAUCGGAUGAAAGAGAUUUACAAAAACGUCUCCGAGUACCAAGGGGUGAAGAUCAGGAGCCUCAGGCAAGGCAGCAUCGUGGUGGAUUACUUCGUCAUCCUGAAGAUGCCCUUCAGCCCCAGCCUGAAGGACACCUUCCAGGGACUCAAGGACCAGCUGGUGAACAACCUGGUAAACGCCAGCCAGUCUGAAAACAACACCAUCUGCUUGACCGAUCACGAUAUUCUGUGUUUUGGUAGCAACUCCAUCAAGGAGACCAACAGUACGGAUUUGAAUACCAUGGCUCUGUGCCACCAAGUAGCCCCCAUGGGCUACCAGGACUUCUACUUUCCCUUGGUGGAGGAGCAGCAGCUUCGCUGUGUGUCCAACUGCACACUGGGCGUGGAGGGAGCCUUCGACUGCCACGUGGGCCAAUGCCGGCUGGAAAAAAGCGGGCCCGUCUGCCGCUGCUUCGUGACGGAGACUCACUGGUACAUGGGGCCACGCUGCGAGGGCAGCGUCGAUCGGCGGGCUCUGAUCGGGGGCCUGGCGGGGGUCGGCGCCCUGCUUCUCAUCCUCGUCCUCCUCCUCACCGUCCUGGUGAUCAGAGCCCACAGAGAGCAAGCCAAAGGGGACUGGAUGCCCAGUAAGGACGUGGAGUGGCAAAGCGAUGCCACCUGGGACAGCAGUUGCGCCGGGACCUUCUCCAACCAGAACUUUGACGAUGGGGCAGAUGGAGAAGCCCACGGAAGCUUCCAGCCAGCUCUGGAUAGGGUGGACACCAGCUUCCCGGUCCACAUCCAGAGACCUGAGAGGGUACCAACCUUCUGA